GAAAUAGUAUAUGCUGUACCUCAUGAUAAAUCUGAAGUUGAGGCCAUCAUCAAUGAUUCUAUAGAUAUAUAUUGGAAUUGUCGCAGAUGUGGGGAACCUUUUACAGACGUGACGCCACCCGACUCUUUCUUCAAAACUGACCAAUCAAAUCUCUCCAUGGAGCAAAAGAGUGAGAAAACGUAUAAAAAGAUGUUGUUUGAUUUAACAGGGGAGAUAAUUUGUGAUAUUUACAGUCAGGAAGAGGAAGUUGUGCUUCAGCCGUAUGAAAAACCUAAACGCCGCAGACAACAUUAUUUCAAAGGAUAUGCGCCACCUACAACGGUUGAUGAAUUACGACCAACUGUUCAUAAAGCUGUUAAUGACAUACUUGGUGUGAACGGCAUGCGAAAAGCCGAUCGCGUUAAAAAUAAAUUUAAUAUUCGUAAAAAGAAAGACAACGUUGAUAAUAUUUUAACGUUACAAUUACGCGAGGAAGAGCCCGACUGGGUCGACUACAACGCAGAUGAACUUGAUGUAAAAAAUGCAUUGGCUGAUUCCAUUUUCGAAGUUUUAUUGGCUGAAACGGUAGAAACGUGUUCAAAAAUUCAUGAUAAGAAACUGAAAAGAGUGUCAUAG